AUGUUAAAAUCCAACAAGCCAUUGAAACUUAACAGAAAAGUAGCCAUCCUGAGGGCUGAUACUGAGGAGCUACGUCAUGAUUCAGGACAUGUUCUUGGUGACCGUAUAAAUCCCAGAUUUUUCCUCAUAAAAAAAUUUACAAUUAAUUCUCAACAUCAAGCACAAUCAACAGGACGAGCAGCGCCAGCUCGUACUGUCAUGUACACAUCUAAUCCUAACGAUCUUCGAUAUCUAUUGAGUCGACAAAGUAGUGAUCACUCCGAAAAACCUUCACAACUUCACGAUGAAGGUGAUGACGAUUACAAUAGUGAUAAAAGAGAACGAUUAACAACAUUCCAUGGUGAACGCCAUAACGCAGUAGACAGAAAUAAUUCUCGAGAAAAAUCAAAUCGUCAUGUCGAUUAUCACCAUUAUGAUGAGCCGUUACAAUCGACUAGUGAACACGAAUGGAAUAAAAAUACUCGAAAUGUACGAAUGGUUACAACUGCUGAUCGUAGCCGUGAACAUCACGAUAAUGAUUCAACUGGUGAUGUGAAAGAUCGAACAAAGUCAUCUUCCCAUCGUCAGAUUCUUCAUAGUAAUGUUCGCAGUGAAAUUCGAAAACCAUCCGAUGAGAAGAAUGAUCGAAAGAAGAUGAAUGAAGAUAAUUUCAUGGAUAUCGAUCUACCUAUCACAAAUGAUCGUCGAGAAACAAGUUCGUGUUCGUCAUAUAGAAAACAGUAUCAUAGUCAUACGUCGAAAGAACGUGACCACGUCAAGUCCACAUCAACAACAAUACCUAAACAAAGUGAACAACAUCAACGCUCAAAAGAAAAAUCGCAUGACAUACAUUCCUAUAUAGGCGAGCACACAUCAAAAACUACUGAUCACCGUGAUAAACGAUCACAGUCAGACAAACAAGAAAGGCGGAAAAGUAUUGAACCAGACCGAAUAAUCACCCCACAAUCUAUUGAACAACAACAACAUCCACUGAAAAAGAAAAAUGAUGACGAACCAAUUUCAAAUUCUAAUCGUAAUCGCGAUAAGAAACAAUCGUCAACGACGAUAGUUGAGACUAUAUCAAAACAAAAACGUGAUUUAUCAAAAAAUUCGAGAUCUGAUUCAUCUCGUUCAAAAUCAAAAGAAAGAAAAGUAAAAUCAACAAAACGAAGAAAAAAAACAACGCGCAGUAGAAGUCGUACAUCUAGUCCAAGUCGUAGUCGUAGCAGAAGUCGACAUAGAAGUUAUUCGGAUAAUUUUAGCAACGAGUCGAAUGAUUCAUCACACUCCUUUGGUAGUCCGUCAAAUACAAUUAUAAUGCGUGGUCUGUCUCUUGAUGUUGACGAACAUGAACUUUUAUCCGAGCUGCUAAUUGCCAAAGUGCCAGUGAAAGCAGCAAGAUUAGCACGUCGAAAAGAGCCGGGUACCAAUUGUGGUGUUGGUUUUAUUGAAUUUCAUACGAUUCAGGAAGCUCAACGUUGGAUAGAGUCCACGAAGGGUGCAUUUCUAUUCAAUGAUACUCCGGUUACAUUAACAUACAAAUGGGAAGAUAAUACACAUCGCGAACAUCGACGGAAAACAGUUGAUUUACAUACGACAGAUUGGGAUUGUUGCAAGUGUGGUGUCAAUAAUUUUAAGCGUCGAGAAAAUUGUUUUAAUUGCAAUUUCACACGAGAAGAAUCGGAACGUUCACGUGAUUUGGAUGGCUACGAAGCAAUUGGAACAAAUCCAUGCAACACAUUGGUAUUACGUGGUCUUGAUGCUCUUACAUCGAAAGAAGCGGUUGAAACAAAAAUAUUUGAAUUAACAAAUAUUCCGGUUAAAAAUUCGUGCGUUGCUAAAGAUUCUGUUACAGGCGUUUCACGUGGUUUUGCCUUUAUCGAAUUUAAUUCUAUACAGGAUUCAACAACUGUUUUCGAUAAAUUGCAAGCAACAAACCCCUCCAUUGAGCUAGAUGGCAAAUUGGUCAUGGCACAUUAUUCAAAAAAUACAUUUUCAACAGCUAUAACACAAAUGAAAAGUGGAGAUGGUUAUAAUUCAUCACAUUAUCCCAAUUAUCGUGAUUACAAUCAUGAUCGCUACCAGUACUAUCAACAUUCAUUACCGGAUAAUCAAGUUGAUCGUACGAAUACUGCAGCUGCUGUUGCACAAAUGGCUAUGCGAAAUAUUCAGUCGCAUAGACGUAGUAGCCGUUAUCAGUCUCAACAUUACAAUCGACGUCACCAGUACAAUGAUAGUGACGAUUCUCAAUCACCUCCGCCGCAAACAUCUCAAAAGCGUUCAGAAUUUAAAAUGUUAGAUAAAUAUCCGACUCCAAAUACAUCGAAAUAUCAAUAUGAUGACGCAUCGGGCUAUUACUAUGAUCCAAGUACAACAUUUUACUAUGAUGCUACAACACAUUAUUAUUAUAAUCCUCAUACACAAGAGUUUAUGUAUUGGGAUGGAACAAAAUCAACUUAUAUACCCGUUGAUCAAACAAAAGUAUCGAAAUCCAAUACGGCCUCCGUUUGUCUAACAACAAGUACUGAAACUUCAACAAUAACAACAAUUUCAGCUCCUCCUGCAAUUCACAAGAAACCAACAACCACUAGUACGACGAUAAACGAUGGUGCUAUUACAGCUGCACCAGUAUUAGUCUCUACAACAAACGAGCGAAAUGUAAAAACAGAAAAAGUGAAAACAGCGAACAAAAUUGCUAAAGAUAUGGAAAAAUGGGCAGAAACAUUGAAUAAGCGAAAAGAAUCGAUAAAGAAAAAUCAAACUAAACCAUUAAUGAUAACUGAAACACAACAACCAGUUUCUAUAACAGAUGAUACUUUAACAACUCGUUCAAAUGAAUCACAAAUACCUGGAUUUUUAACUAUGCAAUUGAUGUCUUCAGCACCCACAUCUUCAAAUCCAUUGUUAACAUUAUCAAAUAAAUCUAAUUCUGGAAAUAAUACACUUACUACUUAUAACGUUAUUGCUGGUGAAAGUGAUUCCGAUGGGGAAGAUGGAAAAAAUCGUUCAAGUGGUAGUAGUACCAAUGUAUUGGAUCAAAAUGAAGAAAAAUAUAUUGAUUGGAUUAAAUUAACAUGCCUUCUAUGUCAAAGACAAUUUGAUACGAAAGAUAUAUUACAAAAACACUUACAAAUGUCAAAUUUGCAUAAGGAAAAUUUAGAAAAAGUUGGCAUUGUUCGAAGUCAGAAGUUAGUUUAUCGUGACCGCGCUAAAGAACGACGUGAUAAAUAUAGCAAAGAUGAAAAAAAUACCAAACAAGGAUUAUCAAAACGAUCACCUCUGUCAUAUGAAAAAAAUUAUAGUAGAAUAUCAUCAACAAAUGCUGAAGACUGCGAUUCAGGAUCCACUCAAUCACCAUCAGUCAGUAUCGGAUCAAAACUAAUGAAAAAACAUGGAUGGAAAGAAGGUGCUGGCAUUGGUAAAAACUUGCAAGGACGAUCCGAUCCAAUUGAAGCACAAAUGAGACAAAGAGGUUUGGGUUUGGGUGCUCGUUCUCUUCAUUAUCAAGCUGAUCCAAAUGACAGUUACAAAGACGUUGUGAGAAAAGUUGCACGUGCAAGGUUUGAAUUGAUGAAUUCAACAUCAUGA